AUGAGUAAACAAAGUGCACAAGUGAUCCGGUACAAAGGUGGGGAAACCGUAACAGGGGUUCCAACUCGCAAUGAUAUUUCGAAAUGUGAUAAUGGGUUAACAGCUAUACUUCAACAAAGCUUAUCUGAAAAAAAACCUAUACACUUUAUGCCCAAUGAUGUGGAAGACGCUUUUGAAUUAGUAAAAAUUAUAUUUGGGGCAGAAAAGAUUGAUAAAUUAAAGUUUGAAAUGAAAGUCGUCCACGCAUAUCCAAUUUGUGGAUAUCAUAUUCAGGAAAAGGUAUACAUCCGCAUUAUUACAUGGAAUCAUUAUGAUAGAAGACGAAUUUUGAGGGAGGUCCCUUGUGAAAAAAAGUUACCUCUUUCUGAGAGGGUGAUACUAAGUGGGUAUAACUAUAUUUCUGAUAUGGAUUCGCCACAUUAUUCCUAUUCUUUUCGCGUAUCUGUAGAUAAUUAUCAGUCUCUAGAAGAAAACAAGCCAGAUGAUCAGCAGGAAAAUAUUUCUGUAGAAUGGUUUGUUUCACGAAUGGAGGCUAAGUAUUCUUGUGAAGUAUUGGAAAAUCAACAGCUUAUAAAGAAGGCCAUGGAUCGCAAAAAGAAAUCCAAGGAGAAGAAAUUAAAAAUUGCUAAGGAUUUAUUGCAAAGCAGGCUAUUAGGCGAUUCUCUGAAUCAUGACUCUCCAAGUCUAGAUGAGGAUGAAAUAGCAAAAAUUAAAGAUGAAGAGUAA